UCUGGCGGAGUGGCGGGUGCAGUUUAUGAGAGCGGCGGCGGCGGGGUCGGCAUUCGCAUUGGCAUCGGCGUUGGCGGAGGACGAUCAGAAGUUAUUGGAGCAAUUGAUAUAGAAGUUCAGUAUGAUGGAUCAUGCCAGAUCAGCAAUCUCCAACUUGUUUAGUGGAGAACCACUUUCAUACACACGUUUUAGUUUGGCCCGGCAAAUGGAUGGUGACAGUAGUCAUGUGGAAAUGAAACUGGCCGCAGAAGAUGAAGACAGUGGUGAAAGCAACGUAGAGAAUAAUCGUCCCCAUGUCAUCAGAAAAAAGCCCAUUGGUGGAAAUAUCUGCUUUGGGAUUAUUGCUGUUUCAAUCUUUUUCUUGAUUGGAUUUAUGGUUGGCUACUUGGGUUAUUGUAAACAGCUCGAAACCAACAAUAAAUGUUCAGAUGCUUCCAGUGGAGGAACAGAGCAAACUCAGGAAGAGGAUGAUUCGCCAGAGGAACUUCCAUUCCUGAACUCUGAACCUGAAUUAUCUUGGAAUGACCUCAAAAAAAUGGUAUCAAACAGACUGGAUGCUGAAAAUCUUAUUGACACAGUCAGCACAUUGAGUAAGAAGUAUGCUUCUCAUGAGGCUGGCUCGAAAGAGGAUGAGAUGCUUGGAUAUUUUAUUUAUCAGCAGUGGAGGGACCUAAAAAUGGGAAAAGUCUGGAAAGAUAAACACUAUGUUAAAUUACAAGUCAAAGGCAGUGGUUCUCAGAACUCAGUGACCAUAUUGGAUGAGAGUGGAAGUAUCAGUGACACUCAGCCUAUAUCAGAUGGUUAUGUGGCAUACAGUGAAAAUUCAACAGCAAAUGGUGCACUGGUUUAUGCUAACUAUGGCUCCAAAGAUGACUUCAAGCACCUGAUGUCAAAAAAUAUUGCCAUAAAUGGAUCUGUGGUUUUACUUAGAGCUGGGAAACUUUCUUUUGCGGAGAAGGUUGCAAAUGCCGAAGCCUAUAAAGCAGUUGGUGUCUUGAUAUACCUUGCUCGUUUUGACUUUGAUAUUAUUGAGGCAGAUAUUGUACCUUUUGGACAUGCUCAUCUAGGAACAGGUGAUCCCUUUACACCUGGAUUCCCUUCCUUUAAUCACACUCAGUUCCCGCCAUCACAGUCAUCAGGAUUACCUAAUAUUCCUGUCCAAACAAUCUCCAGAACACUUGCAUUGAAACUCUUAAGGGAAAUGCAUGGAGAGCCCUGUCCCCCAUCCUGGAUUGUAGAUAGUGACUGUAAGAUAAGCUCAGAUAUGAAUGUGAGACUUACUGUCAACAACGUACUGGAAGAAAGAAAACUUCUCAACGUCUUUGGAGUUGUCAAAGGCAUCGAUGAACCAGAUCGCUAUGUUGUGAUAGGGGCUCAGAGGGAUGCCUGGGGCCCUGGAACUGCCAAAUCUCUUGUAGGGACAUCUCUUCUAUUGGAGGUUGCGCGUGCAUAUUCUGACUUGGUGUCUAAAGAUGGGUAUAAACCCAGAAGAAGCGUUGUCUUUGCCAGCUGGAGUGGUGGAGAAUUUGGAUCUGUUGGUGCCACUGAAUGGCUAGAGGGUUACCUUUCCACAUUGCAUCUAAAGGCCGUCGCUUACAUCAAUCUGGACACUGCUGUUGUUGGUUCAAAUAACUUCAAAGUCUCUGCCAGUCCCUUGUUGUAUACGCUCAUGGAGAGAAUCAUGAAAGAGGUGAACCAUCCAGUUACAGGAAAGCCUCUCUUCAGAGACACUAACUGGAUCAGCGAGGUGGAACCACUUUCACUGGAAAAUGCUGCUUACCCCUUCCUUGCCUAUUCUGGAAUCCCAUCAGUUUCAUUCCGUUUUUGUGAGAAUAAACCUUACCCAUAUUUGGGCACCAAACUGGAUACUUAUGAUAAACUGAAAAAUAUUCCUCAGCUGAAAGAGCUGAUGAAGGCAGCUGCAGAAGUGACUGUCCAAAUGGUGAUUAGGCUUACCCGGGACCAUGAGUUGUACCUAGAUUAUGAAAGGUACAAUGAAGAGUUAUUCAAUUUUGUGAGGAAGCUUUUGCCAUACAAGUCAGAGUUAAAGAGCCUGAAUCUGAAUUAUCAGUGGAUGUUCUCUGCUCGUGGGGACUUUAGCAGAGCUACUCAUGACCUCACAAAUGACCUCUAUCGUUCAGACACUGCCAAUAAGCUUGUUAAUAGAGAAAUCAAUGAUCGUAUCAUGAAAGUGGAAUACAGCCUCCUCUCUCCCUAUGUCUCUCCAAGAGAAACUCCCUUUCGUCAUAUCUUCUGGGGAUCUGGCUCUCAUACUCUUUCAGCUUUGUUAAACCAUUUACAACUUUUGAAGAAUAAAGACAAUAACUUCAAUGAAACACUGUUCAGAAACCAGUUAGCCCUUGCUACCUGGACAAUUCAAGGGGCUGCAAAUUCACUGGCUGGUAAUAUUUGGGACAUAGACAAUGAAUUUUAGUUGAAACUCCCACAACUCAAAUGGGAACAGUAAGGCAAUGUAGUCCUCAAAAAUCAUCACUGGUCUUAUCCAAUAUUUUCAGCAGGACUAUAAAGUUAAAAGCUUUGUUAAACAGUUAAAUCCUGCCUAGCAAUUAGUACAAGGUAAUUGUACUUAAUGCUAGGUGAAUGUUUUACACCCCUGCCAAACUAAACUUACUCUUGAAAAAUUAAGACCUUUCCUUCUAGUUAAUCUGUAGGCUCCAUCUAAGGUUAUUUGCAGUGUUAACUGCCUCAGCUCACCCCCUCCCCAACCAAAAGCAGUUGGGGGAACCACAGGUCCAAUAAUGGCACUAAGUCCUAAUCCAACAAUUGUUACCCCGAACAUGAAAAAGAAGAUGCCUACUGAGGACUCCAUGUCCACUUUUAAUGUAUUCUCUUGCUGUUGACCGAGAGAUGAGGUUAUGAGAUGUGGUAGUUCUCUUCCCUCUGUGAAACAGAGUCAAUCAGGGAGAGGACUUCCUUGCCAGGAGUGUCUAAAAUAGAGGUGAUUCACCUGAAUAAAUUUCAUUUGGUGAUUCUCACAGAAGCAUGACCCUGGUGUAUACCCUAGAAUUCUUCAUGAAUAGAGGAGACUAGAAGCCAAAGAACUUUUUUGAUAAUAACUUUUUCCUGCUGUUUCCCCCACCUCUCUCCCCCUCCCCUAAGAAGAAAAUUGGCUUUAGUGACUUUUCCAUGCAGUCCUCUGAACUAUGUCAGGUCGAUAUGGACUAUUGAAAAGAUAUCACUCUUGCUCAGUUUGUCAAAUCUAAACUAUAUAUUUGCCAAAUUUUGGCCAAAUAGUUAACCUCAUGGGAAAGCUUUCUGUUAUUUGGCACUGAGAUAUUUAUUUGUCUUUAUUUAUCAGUGACAGAGUUCACUAUAAAUGGUGUUUCAUUUUUUUAUAGAAGAUAAUUAUCGGAAGCAGUGCCUUCCAUAAUUAUGACAGUUAUACUGUCGUCUUUUUGAAUUAAAAGCAGCAUCUGCUAAUAAAUCUGAACAGAUACUAGAAGUUUUGCAUAUGACUUGUUUGUGUGCUGCCACUGGACAGGUCUUGACUCUAAAAUUUAGACUGACCACAACUUUUUGAGUAAAUGGUGAGAUGAAGUCAAAUCCUUGAGGAAAUAGCCUAUUGAGCAGAACAGAUCAGGAUUAGAACAUUUUAGGCAAGAUUGGUGCAUUUAUUUAGCACAAAGAUAAUGAAGUUGAAAUAAAUAAACCCAAUUACUAUUCUUUAAAAAAGAGUUUAAUAGUGGUGGUCAUCUUUGUAAAAUGUUGCAUCUUAAAAUUGGCAUGCCUGCAUUUCAUCAGAAUUUCAGUGCAAAACUUCCAGUACCUCUUUUACAAAUCUAGCUUACAUUAUCGGAAGCAGUGUCUUCCAUAAUGAGUAAAGAACAAGGUAGUUUUUGCCUACCACGGUGUUUAUAUCGGAGACAGUGAUCUCCAUAUGUUACACUAAGGGUGUACGUAAUUAUCGGGGACAGUGUUUCCCAUAAUUUUCUUCAUGCAAUGACAUCUUCAAAGCCUGAAGAUCGUUAGUAUCUAACAUGUAUUUUCAGCAUCUUUUUAUUCUCCUCUUUAGUUGCAGAAGCAUACCUUGUAGUCAACAUUGUCUAGUAAAUAUUCAGCCAUUGUAAAAACUGUUUCAGGUUUUUGUGGGUUUCCCCCAUUUAAUAUGGGUGUUUUCCUUAUACUUGUGGUUUCUCCAAAUUUUCUGUUAGACUAGUAUGUCAGGGCCUACUUUUAACAAUGAAUGAAUGUCCUUACUUUCCACUUGGUUGCAUUUCUUGAACUGGUCCUAAUGAAAAGUUAGGAUUCAGAGCAGACUUGGGUUUGGGUUUUUUGAGUUUUAGGGUUUUUUUAAGCUAGAAAGGGGUUGGAGUGGGAAAGAGUGGGAGGUUUACAGGGGUCUCUGAACAUGUUUAUUUGCUUAAUAGAAUGGUGGUCAUUAUAGAUGCAAACAAACCUGGAGGCCUAUGUGGGUAAACGGGAUAUCCUCUUAGCAAAUGCCUAUCCUAGGCAUUGGCUUCUUGAGGUCAUCCAAAAUUGCCACACACCCAGACAAUGGCAGGUUCAUUAAGGUGUCUUCAAUUGAAAUUGUAGAUUCAGGAACUUGAAUUUGUGCCUGUCUCUGAAUUCUUGUGCAAUCUGAUCUUAACCUCACCAAUGAUCUACAGAGGGUAAUUCAGUAAUAAUAGCCGCUUAUGUGAAGGAGGCAACAUGGUUGGGCCCAGUGCUUCUGAACAUCUAUACCUAAGCUCACAGACCUGUUCUUUAGAACCAAGAGCUUGUUUAUGUCCUAGUAGUACACAGGUUUGGGAAAGGGAUAAUACUUUUCCUCUGGUUCAAAUCAUUCUUGAUUUAAUUGGCCCGAGACAUGGGGGUUUCCUGAGUGUUUUCAUAAUAUUCAGAAUAGUGGUUUUGUUGCUGAUAAUAAGGUUUUCCUGUGCUAAAAAAAACAUGGCCCAUCGACUGAGGCUUAAGAUCAAAGAAGGGACAUCUUGUGCUCAUGAUUCCUUGUUUUUGGUAUUGGGUGACAUUUCACCUGGUACUUGCAUGCAUCUCACUGUGUGCUUAUUUCAUCAAUGUUUAUCCACUAAAACUUUCAGCAGGUUAAAAAUAAUUGCAUUAGAGUUGUGAUUGUACUACUCAGCUGUGUUUUUGGUGCAUAGAUUCUUGCUGUUACUAGUGACUAGCUGGUAUGUGAAAUAUUGUAGAGGUUUCUUGUUACUUGACUAAAUAAAAUGCCCAAAGACAUUAA